UUGCACGUCUACUCUCGCCUCUUCUACAAGUCUUCUUCUUGUUUGUGCAGAGCUUUCUUUGUCCUGGACUACCUGAACUAAGAGUUUACACACCACUUUGGACGUCAGCAGAUCAAUGAUGAGUUUGCUGAAGUUAUCUGAGUCGAAGUGGAGGCUGGUGCUGAGCGCUCUCCUUGUUUGCGCCGUAGUUUUUGAGUCGGAUGCCAAAGAAGAGAAAACAACUCGUGGAAGAACGUCCACACCAAAGAAAGCAACAAAUAAAAGGCAAAGAGCUGAGUCGGUUAAACCAAAGACCAAACCUACGGCUGCAGCUCAGACCAAGGCAUCACUCACACAAGUUCUUGGCAGAGGUGUUUUUAAGAAAGUGGGAGAGACCCUGAGCGUGCAGACAGGAGACACACUGAGCCUGAGGUGCAGGGGCAAACCUGUGCAGUGGAGCGUCCCCCUUUAUGUGGAGGAGGAUGAAGGACGGCUUGUGAUUGUCCAACAAGAACGCUUUAGCCUGCUGACAUUAGUCAACACAACUGUUGCAGACACAGGGGAGUAUACCUGUUAUCCCAUGUAUUGUGAAGACAAAGACUGCAGGAGGGAGUACAACAAAGCUAUCAAAGUAUUCAUCUUUUUUCCAGACCCUCGAGAAUUAUUCACCCCAUCAUCUAGCCACUAUGAAAUGAUCCAGCUGAGAAGCAACUGGCCGACAGUCCUCCCCUGCCAGGUGACGUCGCCUGAGGCGAAAGUCACUCUGCACCGUGAGUUCCCACCGGGGGAAGUGUCAGUGGACGGGACGGAGAUCUCCUUCAACAACAGGAAGGGCUUCACCAUCCAUCGGCCGCAGCUGCAUCACGCCGGAGUGUUGCACUGUGUGGCUACUCUGGGAAACCUGAGGCAGAGCUCCACCAAGUAUAUCCUCAUCUAUGUCAACUACCCCAUGGCUCCUCCUACUCCAGUGAUCCAGGCAUCAUCAAGCUCGGUGGCUGUGGGGGACAACCUGCGUGUGGCCUGCAGUGCCGUUGGAGAACGAGACGUUUUCAUAGAGUUCAACUGGGAAUACCCAGGACAGCAGAUCGGGAGGCCUCUGUACACAGAGGAGACGGCGAUCCCGGUCAGCGGAGAAGCAUCUCGGCAGCAGUUUCAGUCCGUUCUCCAGGUGGAUGAGGUGAGGGAUGUGGACCAGGGGACGUACAGCUGCACUGCCCAGAACCUUCAGGGGGCCAAAUCGGUUUCCACCACUGUUAAAGUUGUCCCCAAAACUAAGAAACUGCCGGUGUGAGCCCCACCUGGACGGCAUCACUGAGGGGACAGAGACUGUAAAUGAGAGCAGUCUCUUACCCUGUCAGAGAAUGUGAAGUGAAUUAGUCAAAAAACAGAGAAACAUAAACCGCUUUGUUCUCCUUUGGAGGCUGUGAGUGAUGAAAUUGUGAUGCAACAGAGAUGCAAGAUGUUAUCAAAUGUUCAAGGUCGGAUAAUAAAAC